AAGCUUUCUGCCUUCCUAAUGCGUGCGGUCAUCCAGCGAGUCGCGUCGGCCUCAGUCGUUGUUGAAGGAGAGGUCAUCUCCCAGAUUUCGCGGGGUCUCAUGGUCCUCGUUGGUAUAGGGCGAGAUGACACGGAAAAAGACGUUGUUGCACUCACAAACAAAAUCCUCACCCUGCGUGUCUUCUCUGAUCCUAUGGACGACACAAAAAUGUGGAAAAUCAAUGUCAAGGAUAUAGAGGGCGAUGUUCUCUGUGUGUCUCAAUUCACGCUUAUGGCCCAGACCAAGAAAGGCAGCAAGCCCGAUUUUCAUAAUGCUAUGGCCACCGACGACUCCCGGCUGCUUUACUCCAAGUUCUUGGAUACGAUGAAGAAGGCUUACAGAGCUGAGAAAAUCCAAGACGGAAGGUUUGGCGCGAUGAUGAAUGUCAGCCUUACUAACGAGGGUCCCGUCACCUUCACACUGGACACACGACUUGCAGAGGCAACUCGUCCCGCUCCGGAAAAUGCCUAA